UCGUCUGUCGCGUCGCUUACAAGAGGAGCAGUCAUCUCGCACAGCAGGAGUCAUGGCAGCGCAAAGAAAGAGCGACGGCAUGGAGCCGCUUCCCGUGCAUCACAUCUGCAGUUCCUGUCCUGUCACCUUCGCAACAGAUGGGACCAAGCACCGCUGGCUGCUUACGCUGACAGCAGAUUCCGCUAGUCUGUACAGCUGUAAAAUUGACCCAGAGCAAGAGCCGAAACUGUGCUCCAAGUUGCGAUGCGACCUAAAGCCGGAGAAAGGGGGCAGCGGCAACAAAACGGACUCGGCUUGCUCGCCCCCCUUGGUUCCCCUCGCCUUUCCUCGCGUCGCAGCGUUUUCGCCAGAAGGCAACUGUGUCGCACUCACUGGCGAUGACAAGACUCUUCGUAUAUGGAAGUUUGAUGCCGGUGGGGAAGGUGAAGGGAGCGGCUUUGCGUACGGCAAAGAGGUGUUACUUCAGCAUAUACCAAAGCGCGCCUCUGUCCUGCGGUGGGAAGAUAACGAACACCUGAUCGUCGCUGAUAGACACGGCGAUGUCAGAGUAUUCUCUCUCCAGACCGACUCGCUGCAGGCGACGUUGGCGCAAAACAACGGAGGCGCGCCGAGUCACAAGCGACAGCACAGGGAGGGCGGAGAUGGAUCUUCACGCUCAAAAGGCAUUACCGACGAAGAUCCAUCUACCGCCGAAGCAUGCCUUCGCCCACGACUAGGCCAUGUAAGCACAAUCUGCGACCUCGCCCUGGCUCCUUUUCCAUCUCACCCUUCAACUUCGCCGGCUCUGAUCAUCACUUCUGAUCGUGAUGAGCACAUUCGCGUGUCGCGAUGGGGGACUCAGCGCGCAGGCUGGGUGAUUGAGAACUUUUUGCAUGGUAGCAGAAGUUUCGUUGGUGCACUGCAAGUCGUCCCGCAAACACGAGAAGCAGACGGGAGACAUAUAAACCCGUGGGCAUUGCUCUCUUCAGAUGGGGGGACCACUCUGCGAGUUUGGGACUACAUGGAAAAGGACGUGCAAAAGCAGUGCAUUGGCUACGUCGAGCUUGAUCGCCAGCUGGCACCUCAUGUACGGAAAGAGGCGCUGCCAAUGGCUGUUAGGUUUCCCAAGCAUGCAACUGGUUCGGAUCGGAAAGGCAAGGGAAAAAGCAAAGGCAAUAGCAAAGAUCAGUGCAGAUCAAGGGCCGGUGAUCAAGUGGAACCAUCAGGCGCAGGCGAUGACAGCGUCAUGAAUGGUGCUGAAGCCGUCUCGAAGGAUGCAGAGGACGAAAGUGCGCUAGCACCGAGAGCAGAAGAGGAGGAAAGCAAGCUGGCCAUCACCCAACUCGAGUUGCUUGGGCAUGGUGUGCCCACGCACGUCCUUCUCUGCACAGAAGCGAGCUCAGCUCUGCUCGUUCUACCUCUCAAGUCCAUAUUCGCUUCGAGUACUGAGGGCCUCCAAGUGAUCCAGAUGCCAAGGCCGAUCCUGCAUGUGCAUGUGCAGAAGGACAUCCAGUUGCAACAUGUACUCAUCGCAUUGGAUGUUCGGCACGAGUCGAGGAGCGUGGAGGGCAGUAGCGGCAGCAUCAACAGUAGCAGCAAGAGGCUGGAUGAUGUUCAACUGCUUGUGUGGAAAGAUGGACAAUUGCAGUUGGUCAACGAUGGCUCGCUGCCCACGUUGGCUUCAUUGCAAGCCGACCAAGCUCAGCGCAACAAAGCUACGCCAUCUGUACUCGCCUCGCUCGACCUGUACACGGCGCUGCAGCUGUACGAAAAGACAUCGGCUGAGGGCAACCAGAUCAGCGACCGCCAUGCUGCCGCACCAGAAGGGUGUGUCACACAAGUCGGCCGCAAAGUUGCGGGACGUGCUAGGAACCUGGAGAAGAUCUUUGGCAGGAGCAGUAUCUCGGCGACGUAGUUGGACUGCCGCCGUACAGUGAUCUUUGCUGCGGCUUGCAGUCUCAUGGAAAUUGUGACGAAUAACGAAUUUUGUAUCCACUGCCGGAACAUGUCAGUCGCGUGAUCUUUGGGUCGAAUAGAAC